AUUUAACAUUAUAUUUACGCGAUAAAAAUAGCACUGACUAAAGUUAACUCGAAUCUGCAGUCGGGUUGCAUCAAUUACUUCUUGCCAUUCAGAACAAAGUUUCUGACAGCAACUUAGCGUACGCAGAUGGCGCUUCGUACAAGAGACAGCUGUUUACGAGUACGAGAGGCCGUCCAUUCUUGGUUAAAGAAUUCGCUCUCGUAAAGUCGUAAAUCGACUUCAUUGACAUGUGAAGUCGAAGGUGUUUCCUCGGAGAGCACCGAGACGACGGCUGCUCGUGCAGCCAGUUGCUGCCUAAAUAAACCCGAUUAAUCGCGAUGACGUAACAGCCAAAAAAUCCAAAAUCCACACCAGUUUGCGCGAAUAAUGCGCGCAUUGUGUGUGAAAUAAAUACGCGUUGUUAAAAUAAAUAUGUGUUAAGCAGUUUCGUUUAAAUUUUUGUUUAUUACCCGGUGCUCGAUACCUAAAGACUUGUUUAAUUUGGAGAAUUAAAAUAUAUCUGUCAACGUUGUAGAAUUUGUCUAUUAUAUUAUAUAUUAAUUUCAAGAAAAUGGCUCUGCAAAUGUUAAUAAAAAAAAUUAGGAUUUUGUAUGAAAGAUAGAUAAAAAUAUAAUUUACAAGAGAUAUCAUUUAUAUAAAGUGUAGAUAAUGAUAACAUUUUUCAAGUGAGAGUUAUAUAUAGAGUUAUUUAUUGUUUGUAUAGAAUACAGAGUUGUAUAUCUUUUAGUUACUGUUAAAGUGCUCUUGUGUGUUGUAUCUUUGAAUAUUCAAGAGACAAUGCACAGCGUAACGUAACACUAUUACUUAUUGUAAGGCAGCGGUAUACUUGAUAAGGGGGAUAAUUUUAAUUCAUGAAAUGAAUUUUUAAGCAUCUGUCUUCUAUUCAUUUUCUAUACAUCUCAAUCAAGAAAAAUGGCUGUAUUAAAGAUGUUAAAGCGCGUUAUGUGCAAAAACAUUGCAACAUGUGGCUCAAGAUUUGUGGGCAUUAUGGGACCCCUAACAAUCCCACCAUUGCAGAUCGCAACUUUAUAUUAUUUCUGGCAAGAUUAUUCACGAGUUGUGGAUAAACGAUACUGCUCUUGUUCGUGCUGGGACACUGUAUUUAAAGGCUCAUAUGAAUCUGGUAUCGCUCCUUACAAGCAUAUGUACUUCAAUGCCACUUCAAAUAUGCUGAAAAUAUGGAUGCUUGUAGUCAUUGGAGUGAUUGCAUUUUACGAAACAAUGAAGCACUUGGCAAGACUAGCAAUCAAGCAGAGACUCAGACAGUCCAUGAUGCUUCUUUUUUCGACCGCACUGUUCUCCAAUUAUUAUUCAUGGUGGGUUUACAUUAAUUACUGGAAUGACGAUUUCUACUCCCAGUGGUACCAUCAAUUGUUCUUUUCCGUCACCGAGUUGAUAUCCACCGCCUGGGUCGUUCAUUUGGCGGAUAAAAAAAAUGCUAUAACUCACAGAAAGGCGUUUGGUAUAGCCGCAAUAGCCCUUUUGCACAUUAUGGCUGGUGGAUGGGAUCAGUUCUUCGUGAAUGUCGUCAGAGGAGAGGGCCAUGCACACCAGGUCAUACGCGAUCUGGGGUUCAUGAUUCCGGAUAUCCUCCACGUCGCCGUUCCAUUGUGGCUGAUUAAAUGGGAGAGCAUUUAUAAUAUUCAUCUUCCCAAUUCUUUAGCAUACAUGUCAAGUAUCGUUGUAAUCGGAUUAUGCAUUUGGUCAUUUUUAUUGUAAUCCGAUAUUGAGAAGAGCGUACCAUUGGUGAUAGCAAAUUUUACUUAAUCCCAUUCUUCCUCAAUACAAGAAUGGCUUUGAAAUUAAUCUACUAUGUUCUUCCUAAAAGCGGAGUUCCGCGAAACGUCUGAUUCGGUCUAAUGUAAACACCAAGUCUUUUCGUCCCUGCGAUAAGAUUGUUGUCGCAGAUUGUAACACGGUAUGCAUUUUAUUAACAUUAUAAACAUGUCCCGUAAUAGUAUAUCGUUAAGGAAUGUGUUCUGAAAGCGAUUCGACUGAGGUUGACUCUGUACCUUAUUGUUGUAUUUGUACAACUCUUUAUACAACUCGAUUUUAUUUAUUUAUGAAAUAUUUAUAUAUUUAUGAUAAGUUAAUUACUUAAAUUUCUAGCGAGUCUUUAUACGAGAUUUGUGCGAACGAAAGAAACCACAUUAAUAGCCGAAGACUUUAUUGAUAUUGAAACCAUCAAAAUUUAGAAUACGUUAUAGACUGCAAACGAUAGCGCGUCUAAAAUUACUCUAAAUAAAUUUAAAUAUUGUACAUGGCGGACAUAUCACGUAGAUAAUUUAUAUAAACAAAACGUUAUAUCUUGACAGACAAGAUUGUACAACUUACAAGCAGUGCUAACCAAAAUUAGUGUCCUAAUUCUCAUAGAAGUUACAAUGCUUAUAAAGUGCCUACACAUAAUAUAUUAUUUAUAUGAUUAUUGUUAACUAUGGCGAUAAACAAUUGCAAGCAAAAGCAGUUUUUGCGUAUUUUAACGGCAAACACUGAGAAAGAGAGAGAGAGAAAGAUAUAUAUGCUUAAAAAAUAUUGAUUUACUAAAGAAAAAAAAUUAGAUCGUAAUAAUUAAUAAUAAUUAUAAUUUUGCGAAAAUGUUAGUUUUCUAAUGUAAAUAUAUUUAACAUGUUGAUUUCAUUUUUAACCUGAUAAAUAGAAACACAUUUUCUUCGAUUUCUAUAAUCUUUGUUUAUGUGCAAUGUUAUCUAUAUACAUAUGUGAAGCAGAUAUACAUAUAUCCUGAUGGAUAAUGUGAAAGGAUUAAUGAACGCAGCUUACAUCAACCAAAGCAUCAAAACUAAGUUUAUUAUUGUAGCGUAUUUAUCGUAAGAUAUAUUUUUCGCUGCAAAGCCAUUCCCGAAAAGUAUUUGAGUAGAUAUGUAAUUCUAAUUCUAGAGAUAAUUAUAGCGUACAUAAAAUGAAGAUGUAAAUCUCGUCUCAUAAAAAAGACAAAAUAGUAUUACGACGUGUAGAAUAAACGAUUGUGCUAAGUGGUCUAACAAUUGUUAAUUUAAGAAUUUGAUUCUGAUAGUAUUUUGUUAUCGAAUAUGAAAUGAAAAAAAGAACGGGAGAGAAAUAAAAGCGAUUGUCUAUGCAAAAACACUGACGAAUUCAGUUAGCAAAAAUAUGUUGGUCCGAUUAAUAAUGCGAAUAUAAUAAAGCGGCCUAAUUUCCAA